AUGCCAUCCUCGGCUUCGAGCAAUGCGGAUGGCCAGACCAAGGGUGUCCAAUGCUCCAUGUGCGGAAAAAGGUUUUCCAGGACCGAUCACCUGAAAAGACAUCAAUUGAGACGUGAGACAUAUCCUGAUACGACGAUAACCUUAGAGAGCACUACCCAGGUUGUCCUCAGCGCCAGAACCGACAGAUUCCGGAGGCAGCACGAGGUGGCAGAAGAUCACACGCUUUGCACGUCUAUGAAGCUUGGCUGUGAUGGUGGCAAUCCGUGCAAAACAUGUCGGCAUAAGCGGAUCGAGUGCAGAUUCUCGAGAUUAAUGUCCAAAGGAGGGGCUGGUCUUAACGAGAUUUCCAAAGGUACUGAAAACGGCCAGUGCGAUCGAGGCUCUAUCAACUUCCUCCUCAACACCGGCACGGCAAGUUUCAUCGAUUGCUUCAGGCUUCCGUCUUCUCAUGAACGGCGCAAUAUAUGGAAUUUCCGUACCGCCAAGGAAGCCACGACAUCGAUCGACUCUGUCAACUUCUUUGGAAACAACAGCAGUGAAGGGAAUGUUUCUUCGACGCCUUUCGAUGAUGAGUCCAUUGACAGGUCCCUACUCGAUGAAGCCAAUCUUCUCACCUUCCUCGGCGGUUCGUUUGGCGUCGUUCCAAUGUUCGGAUCUGAGGCCCCAAUUACCGGCUUUUCUUUAAUAGGAGACUUCGAGGCUCCAACCCCACAAUCGGCCAUGCUUGUACAGGAAAUCCUAGAAAGUUCCAUGACUCUGCAGAUGACGCCACCGGAGCAAGAGCACGUCUUGCAGAACCUGAGGUUUCUUUUCACUCCUUCGAGGAUCGAAAAGUUCGUUGGUCUGUACUUUGAGUUCUGGCAUCCACAUUGUUCUAUCAUUUACAAACCGGCGUUCAGCAUUCACACAACUCCCUUGCCUUUGCUUGCGGCCAUGUCUGUUAUGGGCGCAAUGUACACACCCAUAGAUACGGAAAUUACCACAGCAAGGCUGGUCCUCGACCUAGUGGAACUGUACAUCUUCUCGCUCAAUGAUCUGUCCGAUGUGUACGAGAUCAGGCACAUGUUGAGAGUUGCGUCGGUCUUGGCACCCGAGAACACCCAGUUGAGCGUGCUCGCAUUCGACAAUUUCCAGGCUGCGUACAUACUGGUUUGCGUGCAGUUUUGGGCUGGUAAUAUGGUUUCGAGGAAGCGUGCCGUAGAUACCAGAUUCAACUCGCUUGUCAAGGUUGCACGGAGGCUCGGCCUGAUGAAAGCCCGGCACGAAGUGGACGAUGGCCAGGAUGAGCAAAUGUGGAUUUUGAGAGAGACCAGGAUUCGCAUGAUCAACACAAUGACGCUAUUUGACUGCGCCUUUUGCUUCUUCGUCAACUUCCCUUGCCGAAUUUCCGUGUCGGAGAUGGGAUUUGACCUACCAUGCGAAGAGAGCUUCUUUGCAUCUCAUCACCCGUUCUCAGAACCCGGCUUCACGUUCAGUAGGAAUAUCACCACCGUCGAUGCGUUCCAGAGCCUCUUCAAGCCAUCUCAAAUAAGCCAAGGCCCCAGUAGAAAUCCGCACAAUCUGAAUCCCGCCGACAUGUUCAUGCUCAUUCACAGUAAGUGUCCUGUUGGCGCCUCUUGGGUUCUUCCGCUCACUGCUGCAGUGCUCUACGUAUCAGCGCACACCCAAAUCAUCCAUUUCCCAACAUCGAUAUCCCGCUCAGAGGGCGAUCCGGAUACCUCAACACCGGCUGGACCUCUAGCUCAAGCCUCAGAAUCCGGCAUCAGCGCCAUCAAAACAGCAUUAUCAAACUGGCGAUUACUCUGGGUCGCAAUUCGCGCCAGCAUCCCCAACGAUGCCUGGGCUACUCUAGGAUUCUUCAGGAACGGGUACAAUUACUGGCUUGUCACCCAGCUCAUCAUAUCACACAAGGGGAGCGCUGACAUACUGAUGAAGAUGGAGGUUGGGUGUGAGGAUACACUGAAGCAGUUGAGGUUGCUUCUAAAAGAUGGAAGUGCGGAAACGUAG